ACCCCCUAAUUUGUCACUGAGCUGCCACUCUUGUGGACUGAAGGUUCAUUUCUCUCCUGUUCAUCUUCCACCUAAUCUUUGGUCACGCUUGUGCAAAGGGUCCCAUCCCAGACCCUAACUCCGGCUCUCUUCCCUGGGGCUCGCUGGUCACGCUGGUAUAACAGCAUCAUUCACAAUGCCAGAGCCCACAACAAAAGACACCACCAGUGCUCCUCCUGAAGAGAAUGUUGCCCCAGACAGUACUGACGCCCUGCCCCUCCCUGAGAUCUCGUUUGAGAUUUCUCCGCCAGAAGCUGCAAACGAGGUACCAGAGCCAGUGAUAGUGGGGGAAGUGAAGGAGCCCGUGGAGGGCAAUGUGACGGAGCCCAUAGUGGCUGUAGACCUGGGGGUCACGGAGGAGGUGCCCUGCAUGUCCCCUCCCCCUGCCUUGCCUUGCCCAGAGCCACCUAAGAACACGGAGCAGGAGGGCACGGGGCCAGCUCUCGCGGUGGCAACUCCACCUACACCUCCGCCUCCCGUCCCACAAGCUAAAGAUGAGGAUACCACCAUCAGCACCCCUUCACCGCCGCCCCCUUCAGACGACGCCGGUUCACUCAAGAAACUGUCUGUAGACCUCGCUAAUGAUAGCGUUCCUGAGUCAGCCGUGGGGAGGAAGGACUCAGUGUGGUCCCUGGGAGAUGGACAGCCUCCAGAGGACUUGGACAAACAGAUUGAGACCCCCCCACUCUCCACCCUGCUCAUUGAGAAGCCGCAGACCACCUCCAUCAACGUGGGGGGAGAUGCCAGUUUCAUUGCUAAGGUGGAAGCCAAAGACCUGCUCCGGAAACCCACUAUUAAGUGGUUCAAGGGGAAGUGGAUGGACCUGGCCAGCAAGACCGGGAAACAUCUGCAGCUAAAGGAGAGCUUUGACCGUUUCACCAAGAUCCACACCUUUGAGAUGCACAUCAUUAAGGCCAAGGCGGACUACGCCGGGAAUUACAGAUGUGAAGUCACCUACAAGGACAAGUUUGACAGCUGCUCCUUCGACUUGGAAGUUAAAGAUGUUCCAGAAGCUUCUCAAAGCAUCGACAUCCGCUCUGCUUUUAAGAGGAGCACUGAUGGGCAAGAAGACGCAGGAGAGCUUGACUUUAGUGGCCUCCUUAAACAUAGGGAGCCCAAGCAAGAGGAGGUGCCGGAGGUAGAUGUGUGGGAGAUCUUGAAAAAUGCCCGACCAGACCAGUAUGAGAAGAUCGCUUUCAUGUAUGGAAUCACAGACCUGCGGGGCCUGCUCAAGAGGUUGAAAAAGACCAAGAAGGAGGAGAAGAAAAGCGAAGCUUUCGCGAAGAAGUUAGAACCUGCAUAUCAAGUAGACAAGGGUGGGAAGAUCCGGCUUAUGGUGGAAUUGGCAGACCCAACAGUGGAGCUGAAGUGGUACAAGAAUGGACAGGAGAUCCGUCCUACUCCAAACCAAAGGAAAUAUAUCUUUGAGCACAAGGGCACUCAGCGGAUCAUGGUUAUCAACAACUGUGCCAAAAGUGAUGAUGCUGCCUAUUCCGUUCGUGCUGGUGAUGAGAAGUGCAGCACUGAGUUGUUUGUUAAAGAGUUGCCGGUGAAUAUCGUCAAAGAGCUCGAAUCUGUAAAUACCACAGUAAAUGAGAGAAUCGAGCUGGAGUGCGAGGUGUCUGAAGAAGGAGCCCAAGUCAAAUGGCUGAAAAAUGGUGUGGAGGUCCCAACUGGAGCUCGCUCACGCUACCGGAUCAAGUGCGAGGGAACCAAGCACCUGCUGAUCAUUGAUGAUGCUAUGAGGGAGGACUCAGGCACUUACUCCCUCAUGGCCACUGGGGGCACUAGUCAGGCCAAAGUGAAAGUUGACUUGAAACCCCUGAAGAUCAUACAAGACCUGAGUGACAUAACGAUUCGCCUGGGCCAGCCACUGAAAUUGCACUGUGAAAUCUCCCCGGGAAAUGUGCCCGGCCGCUGGUACCGCAAUGGGCAGGCAAUCCAGGCCAUUGAGCGCAUCAACAUCUUGCAAAGAGCCAGGAACCACAGGUUAGAGAUUGAAAGCUCCAUAAUUGGCGAUGCAGGGGAUUACACAUUUGUGCCGGAGGGUUAUACUCAGAAGCUCUCCGCCCACGUGCAUAUCAUAGACCCCCCAAAAGUUCAUCUGGACCGUCUGAACUUCCCUGACAACACUGUGACCAUCGUAGCCGGUAACAAGCUGAGGCUAGAGGUCCCCAUUAGCGGAGAGCCGGCCCCCAGAGUGGUGUGGAUGAAGGGGGAGCGGGUGAUUCUGGACACGGGCAGUCGUGUUCGAGCUGAGACCUUCCCUGACCACACCAGCCUGACCAUUGAUAUCACGGAGCGGGAAGACACAGGAAAUUACAAGAUAGUACUCCAGAAUGAGGCGGGUGAAGACUCAGCCAUUGUCAAGGUCAAGGUUGUGGACAUUCCUGAUCCACCAGAAGCCCCUCUAGUUACUGAAGUGGGGGGGGACUGGUGCUUUAUGUCAUGGAGUCCCCCCCACUACGAUGGAGGGUCACCCAUCUUAGGCUACUUCAUAGAGAGGAAGAAGAAGCAGAGCUCCCGCUGGAUGCGGCUGAACUUUGACCUCUGCAAAGAGACCACCUUUGAGCCCAAGAAGAUGAUCGAGGGGGUCCCCUACGAAGUGCGCAUCUUUGCCGUGAACGCCAUCGGCGUGUCCAAACCCAGCGAGCCCUCGAAAUCGUUUGUGCCACUGGCGGUGACCAGUGAGCCCACGAUGCUGGUGGUGGAUGAGGUCACGGAUACCACGGUGACCAUGAAGUGGCGGCCGCCGGACACCAUUGGCGCUGCAGGGCUGGACGGAUACAUGCUGGAGUGGUGCCUCGAAGGAUCUGACGAGUGGAUUCCCGCUAACAAGGAACUCGUAGAGAAAACCAAGUACACCAUUACUGGCCUGCCAACAGAGGGCAAGAUCCUAGUGCGUGUCAAGGCAAUCAAUGCUGCAGGAGCCAGCCAACCCAGGACCACCCAGCACUCCAUCCUGGUCAAAGAGGUCGUAGAGGCCCCCAAGAUUCGGGUACCUAGGCAUCUGAAGCAGACUUACAUCCGCAAAGUUGGGGAAGCUGUCAACCUAGUCGUACCUUUUGUGGGCAAACCCAGGCCUAAGGUGACCUGGGUGAAGGAAGAGCAGGUCGUGGAGCCGUCGCAGGUCAGCAUCCGCAACACGGACUGCGACAGCAUCUUCUUCAUCCGCAAAGCCGAGCGCAAGCACUCCGGGAAGUAUCAGAUGAGUGUUCAGGUGGAGAAGCACGUGGACACAGCCAUCUUGGACAUCCAGAUAGUGGACCUUCCAGGCCCUCCCCAGGCAGUUAAAAUAGAUGAAGUGUGGGGCGUCAACGUGGCGCUGGACUGGACCCCCCCGAAAGACAAUGGCAACGCCCCUAUUACUGGCUACACCAUUCAGAAAGCGGACAAGAAAACCAUGGAGUGGUACACGUGCAUAGAGCACUACCAUCGCACCUGCAUCACCAUCCCCGACCUGGUGGUGGGGAACGAGUACUUCUUCCGUGUGUAUUCGGAGAAUAUGUGCGGACUGAGUGAGAACGCAACCAUGACGAAAGACAGCGCCCUUAUCGUCAAGGAAGGCCUGAACCUGAAGAUUCCGGAGUACAAUGAGUAUGAUUUCACUGAGGCACCCAAAUUCACCCAGCCGCUGAUCAACACGUUUGCCGUGGCAGGCUACAACACCAGGCUCAACUGCAGCGUCCGUGCCAACCCCCGGCCUAAAGUCAUUUGGAUGAAGAACAAGAUUAUAAUCCUCGAUGACCCGCGCUACCGGAUGUUCAGCAACCAGGGUGUCUGCACGCUGGAGAUUCGCAAACCCAGCCCCUACGACGGGGGCGUCUAUACAUGCAAGGCCAUCAAUGAUCUCGGGGAAGCGCAGGUGGAGUGCAAGCUGGAGGUCAAAGGGGGGAUGAACUUCUCUGACCUGUUGCAUCGCGGAGUUCCUUUACAUCUGAUUGAUAAGUUUAUGAACGAGUCAAAAUCGCCUGAGCCAGAGAAGAAGUGAUCGGAAUUACUGGCUUCUGCACUGGAGCUUCAACCAUCCUUCCUUCUUCCCAGCCAUCUGCAGCCCAUCUGGGGCUCGUGGAAGGAAAGGGGGCGGGGCUUCAACACAGCAUGCUGUCUCUCACUCUACAACUCCAGCUCGGAGAGCGACGGAUGGCUGGCGAAACGCGGGGAUGCCUUCCGCCCCGCAGCGCCUAAAUGCGUGACCCUCCACCGAUCGGACGAGUGGUGCGUGUCGGACGUCGUCAGAGACCGCAGGCAUUAA